AGCGGUAUUCUAGAGAAUUCAGCUGGAGGAUCCAGAAGCUCUGAUCUGAGAUGAGAUGCGUACGAAGAGGCUCCGACGCCCGUUUCUGUGCAUAGACUCUUUCGGUAAAAAAUAAAUACAAUUAAAAAAUACAAUAUUCAGGUGUGUCUGAGUGGCGUGGUGGACACAUGGCAGGAUCGCGCGCGCCGGGGCUCGGUGCGCAGGUGAGCGCUUUCUCUUCAACGCAGUGGCACGUCGGCGGCUGCUCGCAGGCGCGCGCGCGCACCUGGCCGCGCCACGCGCACUAAACGCGGUCAUGCUUCUACUUGCCGUUUGAGAAACGCGGUCGCUACUUUGCAGAGCCUCCGACUUGUUACGGGACAAGAGCAUUCGCUUAAUCGCUUUUCUAGUCUUUUGUUGUAGGACAUUGGACCUAUUUUUUGUUUUGUUUUGUUUGUUUAUUUAUUUAUUUAUUUAUUUUGAAGACCUGACGGGGCAUCGAUGGAGAGGUGGGCGUUGUUUCUCGUGCUCGCGUGCGGCGCUUCUCACUCUGCGCGUUCAGGCUGUGAAAACCGUGUGUGUAAUCCUCGCAUGGGCAACCUGGCUACUGGGCGCUCCAUGCUCACGGACACGCAGUGUGGCUCCACAACACCAGAGCACUUAUGUCGCUAUGACGAUGGCAGCUGUAUACCGCAGUGUGAAGUGUGCCAUCCUCAUGCUCACCCUCCCACCUCCAUGACCGACUCGUCCUUCAAACAGCCACCUACAUGGUGGCAGUCAGCCGGAGACGUCAUUAAUGAAACAUUGCAGUUGAACCUGGAGGUGGAAUUUUAUUUUACCCACCUGAUUGUGAUAUUUCACUCACCACGCCCGGCAGCCAUGACUGUGGAGCGUUCACGGGAUUUCGGGCGUACAUGGAGCACCCUGCACUCAUACAGCCGCAACUGCAGCUCCUGGUUUGGACUGAAAGAUGGUCAUGGCUGUACUGAGAAAUACUCAUCUCCAAGGCCAUGCAUUGGUGGAGAGGUUAUAUAUCGUGCUCUCUCUCCCUGGAGCGAAUUAGAACCUUACAGCUCAGAGGCUCGUGCUCAACUUGGUAUUACUAACCUCCGCGUUCAACUGCUGCAGCCCCAGCAAUGCCCGUGUCAGCUCAAACAAAGUAAUACCAACCUUCUAAACGUGCCCUAUGCCAUCUCUGACUUCAUCUUGAAGGGAGCCUGCUUGUGCCAUGGGCAUUCUGAACAGUGUGUGCCAGCCAGUAGCUACCAGGCCACACACAAUCGUGGGCACCAUGUGGUCCAUGGCAAAUGUGUGUGUCGGCAUCACACUGCAGGUGAUCACUGUGAGAGAUGCGAUCGUCUCUAUAAUGACCGACCAUGGAGACCAGCAAGUGGCCUAACUGGAGAAGCUCACCAGUGUAAUGAGUGCAAGUGUAAUGGACAUGCAGAGAGCUGCCACUUUGACAAAAGUUUGUGGCUGCGUUCUGGUCAGAGAAGUGGAGGUGUGUGUCACUGCCUACACAAUACAACAGGUCGACACUGUCAGCAGUGCCAGCCAGGCUUUUACAGACAUCCAGAGAGACUACUGACCGCUGAGAACUCGUGUACACCUUGUUUGUGUGACCGUGUUGGAACCGAGAGUUGCAACCCUGCUAAUGGGGACUGUAUCUGCAAGCCUGGUGUGGCCAACCCAUUGUGUGACAAGUGUAUGCUGGGAUACUGGGGUUUCGAUGAGUAUGGCUGCAGACCUUGCCACUGUGCAGGUGACUGUGAUCCCUACACUGGAGACUGCAUGACAGGGUCAGAUCCUGAACACAAUAACACCAUAUUUCGAGCGGAGGAACUUUUCUCAGCGCUGAACUUUCAAGAGAAAUGUGAGUGCAAACAGCAAUCUCUCAAGAACAGUAAAAUCUUCUGCAUUAUGCAAUAUUCCUAUGCUUUAAAGGUAAGAGUACUGGCAGCACAUGAUAAGGGCUCUCAUGCUGAGGUGGAUGUAAAAGUUCUUAAGGUGCUAUGGAACAGCUCCACCCUCAGGCUCAUGCAAGGAACUGCCACUCUGUAUCCAGAGUCCUGGACAACUCGAGGCUGUACCUGCCCUGUACUGUAUCCAGGGGAGGAAUAUCUUGUUGCUGGACACUACGAUGUGAGGAAAGGUCGACUUCUAGUCAACAUGAAGAGUUUAGUGAAGCCAUGGAGAGCCAACCACAGUCGCCGAGUGCUGCAGCUCCUAAGGUGCCACCUGAGUUAGAUAGCAAGUGCACAAGAGAAAAAAAAAAAAAAGAGUGGUGUAGAGAGGCAGAGGAAGAGAUGUGGUCAAAUUCAGCCAAAACUAUUGAAUUUUUAUAUUGUCUUGUGCAGCUGUGCAUCACUGAAUGUGUGUGAAAGGUGAGGGUGGUUAUGAAUGUCUGCUGUACAGAAUGUAUUUUCAUUGAAUGUACAUAUUAUAAUGUUUGUAAUUUUGUAUCUUUUGGAGCCUGUAAAUAACAUGCCAUUUGUAUAUAAUGUCCUCAUAUGCUCAUAAAAAUGCAAUAGACUAUGACUUAGGACAGACAAAGAAAAAACAUAAUUUGCACUUUUUGGAAUUUAUUUCUUCUAGGACCCUGCUUUCAGGAAAAUGCCAGUUUUGAUAACGAAACUACUUGUUACUAUUAAAUAAAUUACUAACAGUUAAAAAUGUC